AUGAUCAAUCUGAUUCACACAAGCGUGCCCUGGUAUGCUGCGAUACCGCUCACCGCCUUCAUCACACGAGCCGCGCUAGUCACAACCUUCGGCGCAUGGGCACGAUCGCUCAUGGCACGCUACAUCGGCCUACAACCACUGCGCCAAGCAUUAGCUUUCCAGAAGCGAGACGAGAUUCUGAAGACAGCCAGCUUCCGCACACCCAAGGAGGCGUCGCUUGCAGUCAAAAAGGAAGUCAACGAGGUGACGGCCAAGCUGGACAAGAGGUGGAACGUCACAUUGAAGGGUCAGCUUGGCUGGACAAUUGGACAAAUACCCAUAUUCUUUGCCAUGGCCGAGACUAUCCGGCAGAAGUGCGCUGCACGAGAGGGUCUCAUGGGACUAGGCUUCUCUGCCUUCAGGGGCGAGGAUGCCCAGGCUGCUGUCGGUGAAGUCGCAGUCAACACGAGCAAGUGGUUCGAACCAUCGCUCGCAACAGAGGGCAUGUUGUGGUUCCCAGACCUCCUAAUUCCUGACCCAACCGGCGUCUUACCGUUCGUCGUCUCAGGACUCAUGUUUACGAACAUCUACAUCACGAAGAACACUGUCGAGAACGGCGCCUCAUGGCCCCUCGCCAUUCGAAGAACGCUCCUCGCAGUUUCCUUGCUCGUUGGACCUCUCUGCCAGAAUAUGCCGGCCGCGUUAAUGCUCUACUGGGCCUCUAGUACAACAUCUGUCAUGAUAUGGAAUGCCUGGCUCGAUUGGAGGUACCCAGCUCCAAGAGGUUUUACUGCCUGCAAAAGGCCGCUCCAAAUGCCGCCCAGGUUUACGCCAAUAAGAGCACGGAGAGUGUAA